GGUUUUGAAGUGUGUGAUGAAGAUAAAGGCUAUUUAAGCAGAGAGGACUUUAAAGUUGCUCUAGUAAUGUUGUUUGGUUAUAAACCUUCAAAGAUAAGAAAUGGUCUGUUAUUUGAAACGUUUUUAAAUCUCAUGAGUGCAGAGAAGGCUACACCGUUACACAGUAAUGAAACAAGGCAAAUAUUUACAGCUUUUGAUGUGCAAGACAGGAGGUUUUUUUUGACUUUUGGAGACUUCAAGAAGGCCUUCAGUUCUGUUUCUCCUAAGUUAUGUGAAAGAAUCAUAGUUGAAGCCUUUAAAUAA